UCUGCAAUUCAAGCAUCCGGCAUCUUCCCUCUUCUCACUCUCUAUCCAUCAUUCCAUCCAUCCAUCAGCUCACUCGCCGUCUACUCGCCAGCGAAAUCCGAGCACCGUCUCCCCCCGCACGCCUCUUCCCGGGCUCCCGGCGGCGCCGGCGACGCCAUGCCGCUUGCCCUCCCGUUCCUCCACCUCCCGCCCAACCCCACCCCUUUCUAUCCCUUCCGGAUCCACCGAACCCAACAGUCCCAACCUGACCUCUCCCUCCGAACCCGACGCCCCUCGGCGGCGGCGGCGGCGGCGGCCGAAGCAGGGAACCCGUCAGCAUCGGUGGACGUGGACGUCGAGAUGGUUCGCGGGCGGGACGGAGUGUGGACGGCGCGGUCCCCGACGGUGGUGGUCCUGUGGGACCUCGACAACAAGCCCCCGCGCGGGCCGCCGUUCCCGGCGGCCACGUCCCUCAUCGCCGCCGCCUCCCUCCUCGGCCGCGUCGUCUCCAUCUCCGCCUUCGCCAACCGCCACGCCUUCACCCACCUUCCCGCCUGGGUCGCUGCCGAGCGCCGCGACCGCCGCGCCCUGGACCGCGCCGAGCGCGCGGGGCUCGCCGCACCUUCCGUGCCCUACUCGUGCGCCGUCUGCGGCCGCCGUUUCCCCACCCGCCCCGACCUCACCCGCCACUUCCGGCAGCUCCACGAGCGGGAGCGCAACAAGAAGCUCUCCCGCCUCCGGUCCCUCAAGGGCAAGAAGCGGCAGAAGUUCCGCGAGCGGUUCAUCACCGGCAACACCAAGUAUCAGGACGCCGCACGGGAGCUCCUCACCCCCAAGGUCGGAUACGGGCUCGCCUCCGAGCUCCGGCGCGCGGGCGUCCACGUCCGCACCGUCCCCGACAAGCCGCAGGCCGCGGACCACGCGCUCAAGCGCCAGGUGAAGCACUCCGUGGCCUGUGGCGUCGACUGGAUGGUGCUCGUCUCUGACGACUCUGACUUCACCGACACCGUGCGCAAUGCACGCGCCGCCGACCUGAGGACCGUGGUGGUAGGGGAUGGGUGCCGCGCGCUUGGCAAGGUUGCUGACAUUUGGUUGCCAUGGGAUCGAGUCGAGAAUGGUGAGGUUGAUGACGAGAUGCUGAGGAGCUGUACACUUCCGGAGUAUGGAGAAGAUCAGGAAGAUGACCGGGGUGAGGAGUUCAGAUUUGAUUGGGAUACCAGUGACUUGGAUGAUGUUAUUGAUGAUAUUGUUGGAAGAACCAGUUUGCUUGGGGCUACGACAAUAUCUGCAUUUGCCGAUGAGGAUGUUACAGAUGGUAUAUUUGGAGUUGAAUUGAACGGAGAAAUCAUGUUUUGGAGUAGUGACGACGAGGAAGAGGAUGGUUACUUGUGAGCUUCACAUGGGAAUUUACAGGAUCUACUGUUACGUCAAAUAAUUCAGCCAUUGUUCCUUGGAACUUUUACCAGUAAAGAGAGUGCUAUCACUGUCGAUGUGCAAAGCCUUCAGUGCUUUCAAGAUAGGGCUCUCACCGGACUUUCUUCUCACUACUUCUCAGCUUUAUAUGCAUUGUAGCACAUGCUCCAAAUUCGGUAGAUGCUACCGUCACGAUGAUCAUGCCAGCAUCAUUCCUGCUCUGUAUUUAUCCAAGAAGUUAUUCUUGAAAAAAAACAUUAUCUUCCUGGUAUUUGUUAAUUUUGGCAGUUCAAGCCCAUGCUUUAUUCAUACAGAUUGCCUGUAGGCGUACUCAA